CAAAACGCACAGCCUCCCCGACACUAUUUGCUGCUCUCGCUUCGCUUCUCCGCAAAAAUACCUUCAUUUUCCAGUGCUGAAAGCGUCGUCGUUAUCGCACCCCGAAAUACGAUAUGGUUUCGGAUUCUGACCUAGUGACUCGCCUUCGCGAAAUUCUCCGGACUUCCGACCUCGACACCGCCACAGCUGGCAGUGUCCGUAGGAAGUUGGAGGAGGAUUUCGGCCUCGAUUUGUCGGACCGGAAAGUGUUUAUCAGGGAACAAAUCGACCUUUACCUCGAAACCCUACAGAACAAACAUAACGACGAAGAUGAAGAAGAAAAUAUAGCAGAGAAGGUGAAUCAGAAUAAGGAAGGCAAUGAAAACGACGCCGUUGAAGAAGAAGAAGAGGUGAAAGAAGAGGAAGAGGAGGUGGAAGAAGACGAGAGUGACGAACAGGGAACUAAAAUAAAAAGGUCAAAUAAGGCUGAAAAAGAAGGCAAGAAAAGAGGAGGUGGCUUUACGAAGCUAUGUUCCUUAUCUCCACAACUUCAAAAGUUUCUUGGCGUGUCUGAAUUAGCUAGAACUGAGGUUGUGAAAAAACUUUGGGCCUAUAUCAGGGAGAACAACUUGCAGGAUCCAAAGAAUAAGCGAAAUAUAAAAUGUGAUGAAGCAUUGCAUGAUCUUUUUCGUGUAAAUUCGAUUAAUAUGUUUCAAAUGAAUAAAGCCCUGUCCAAGCAUAUUUGGCCAUUGACUGCAGAAGCUGGAUGUUUAUAUUUUCUGCAAUUUCAACUUCAACUACCACAAACAGGCUUCCACAUUGAACUUCCGCUUUAUUUCAUUUACGGACAUGAAAAGCUGAAGGAAAAAGGUGAAGAUGGUAGUGAUUCUGUGUCAGAAGGUGAUGAUCCAGGCGAAGAACAGGAAGAUGAAGAGGAUGAAGAGGAAUAUGUAGAGAAAGAGGGUACUGAACAAAGCAAGAAAGGAGGGUCUUAUAAGGUGGAUAAAGAUGUUAAGAAAAGAGGAGGUGGCUUUACUAAAUUGUGCAGCCUUUCUCCACAACUUCAAGAGUUCACUGGUGUGCCUGAAUUGGCCAGAACGGAGGUUGUGAAGAAGCUUUGGGCCUAUAUUCGGGAGAAAGAUUUACAAGAUCCAAAGAACAAGCGGAAUAUAAUAUGUGAUGAAUCAUUGCGUGCUCUCUUUCGUGUUGAUUCUAUCAAUAUGUUUCAAAUGAAUAAAGCAUUGUCCAAGCACAUAUGGCCAUUAAAUGAGGAAGAUGCUCCAGACAACUCUAUACAAAAGGAAAGACAGUGCAAGCACGGAAGAGAAGAAGGUUCAAAAGAGCCAAAGCAGAAGGAAAAACGGCAGAAGAAGGGAGCUUCUGGUCUUCUUGUUCCCCUUCCUCUUUCAGAUGCUCUUGUAAAAUUUUUUGGCACUGGCGAAAAUACAUUAUCUCGGGCUGAUGUCGUAAAGAGAAUGUGGGAAUACAUAAAACAGAAUGAUCUGCAGGAUCCAUCUGAUAAGAGGAGAAUCAUUUGCGAUGAAAAGUUGAAAGAACUAUUUGAGGUUGACUCGUUCAAUGGCUUCUCAGUCUCAAAGCUCCUGACUGCUCAUUUCAUCAAGAUGGAACAGUGAGUUGCUUAUUUGUACAUAAGCAAGCCCUUUGGAGGCAGCAAUUUUGUUUUUGUCUACAAUAUGUUGCGGCACCCUGUAUGCUUCUUGUUCAAGUAAUGGAAAUGGUUUUUAAGAAAA